AGUUGCGCUGGUUUCUGGUUUGUGCGUUCUGGUCCGUUGCUGUUCGUUGUAAUAGAAAACGAGAAAACCCUAAAAAACUAGGAUUAUUUUUGCAUUGUAUGCUGCGGAAACAGCAAAGAAAAUUUACAUUUGAAAGUCUGGUUGAUAGCUGCGGCUUCAGUGGUCUAUAGUUUGUUGAAAACCAUCACCGUUUUUCCAUCGGCGGUGUGUAGCGGUGUCAUCCUAACCUCUUUUCUGGUGCACCAAGCUGUGCAUAAAAGAAGCAUCUCUGCCGGGAGUGUUAAAUCCUGUGUGUGUGUCUGUCUCUGGUACUGGUAUCCAACGGAAAAAAUGGCAGUCGUUACCCUUGGCGAAAAAAUUCUCUCGGCCAAGUCCAUCAUUUGCGAUAUUGAGGGGACUACUACUUCGAUUAGUUUUGUUAAGGAUGUCUUGUUUCCCUAUGCGCUAAAAAAUACUGAAGAGUAUUUAAAAACUAACUGGAAUGAAGAAGCUACAAAAACUGUGGUCGAAGCAUUGCGCGAGCAGGCCAAUGAAGAUAAGAAAGCAAAUAUCGAAGGAGUUGUUACUAUCGCUACUGCUGGGGAAUCUGACGAUCUGAUCAUUCAAGAUCUUGUGAAAAACAUCGAAUGGCAAAUGUCAAAGGACCGCAAGACAGGGGCACUUAAAACGCUACAAGGAUUAGUUUGGGCCAAAGGCUAUAAGGACGGCACAAUCAAAGGCCAUGUUUACGAGGAUGUGCAGCAGGCGUUCGAACAGUGGGAUGAGUGUGGUCGAAAGGUGUACAUCUACUCAAGCGGAAGUGUUGAUGCACAAAAGCUGCUUUUCGAACAUAGUGAAAAAGGAAAUCUCCUCAAAUACCUCUCGGGCCAUUAUGAUACUAAAAUUGGAGCCAAGCAAGAGAAAGAGAGUUAUGAGUCAAUUUUGAAAAACAUCAAUGCUGAAGCCGCAGACGUGGUUUUUCUUACAGAUGUCAUAGCAGAAGCUAAAGCCGCUAAGGAAGCAGGAGUGAACGUGGUACUUCUAGAUCGACCUGGCAAUGCCGAACUUUCCGAAGAAGAUCGUAAAGAAUUUCCAGUUAUUACGACGUUUUCUGAGCUUUCGUUUAAAAAAAUAAACGAGGAAAACGGCUCAUCUGCAACCGCGAAAAGAAAAAUUGACGAAACUACCGGCGUCGCAGAGGACAAUGCUCAGGAACCUCCGAACAAACAGAUAAAGAUUGACGAAGUAAAAACCACUGAAAAUGUUACAGAACCACGAGAAAAGAUGGAGGAGGAAGGAGCUGCUUCUGUUACAACAAAUGUACCAGAGAAUGAUAACACGAAGAACGAGAAGGAUGUUGAAUCAAAAUGUGAUGAAAAUAUGGAAGUAGAUGAUGCUGUAGUGCAAAAAUCGUGUGAAGAGGAAAACGAAAAGGAUGCGAUUGAAACCAAGAAGGAUGACAAAGAAGCUUCCAAAUCAGAAAAGAAAGAGGAAAUACUCGUAGACGUUACUGAAAAGACAACAGAAAUGAUUGAGCAAAACGAAAAAUCAGAAGUAUUAAUUACUAUGGAUGCCGCUGAAUCCGAAAAAGAAAAAGAAAAGGAUGGCGCUAAUGACAAACAAGUUGAAAGCAAAGAUGAGUCGAAAGAGAUCAAUGAAAAUUCAAAAAUUAAACAAACUUCUGACGAAGUAGACGAUCAGGCCAAAGAAAAGACAAGAAACGAAGUAAAUGACGUAAAUGAACAAAUUGAAGAUAAAGUUGACAGUGUUGAAAUUGAGGAGUCCAAUAAAAACGUACAGAUUGAAAAGGUUGAAGAAACACAUGGAACCGAAACUAAAACCAGCGGUGCAAUCGCAGAAGUAGAUAUCGGAGCGAAGGAGGUGAAGGAAGAUAUGGCAAGCAGUUCUACCGAAACGCCACAAAAUAACGGCCAAGUUGAACAAACGGUUCCUAAAGAAGACGAUGGCGAAUCGAAUGCAAACCAAGCCACACGAAACGGAAAGACUGAUGAUGAAUCAAAUGCUACAACAAAUGGAAGCAGUUCCGAAAACCCCACAGAAGAAGAAAAAAAUUCAGAAAGUGAUAAGGAAAAUGACACAUCGCUUCAAAAUUGUGAAGCUGAUGAAAUAACCAACGAAAAAAAUGGAAAUAAUGCAGAUACCACCACUAGUAUUGGGGAAGAAACUACCGCAGUAGAAGGGAAAAAUAAGAAGGUUGCAGAAGCGGUAACAACGUCGACAGCAAUUGAAGGCGAAUUGUAAGUCGUAGAGGUCACCAGCAAAUCAAGGACAGAAAGGGAAGGAUGUGUGUAUGAUCCUCGACAUUGCUCCUUUUGAUUAAUUCAAUUUCUUUCGGCAGAGUACUUGUUUUUACCUAGCGGAUUCCAUAGAAAAAAACACGAUCAGUUGUAUGUACGUUUAGUGUUAAAGUGACGAUGGCGUGAGUCCAAAUUGAAACGAUGAAUCUUACUGUUAACGAUUAUCCUUAAAACUAUCAUAAAAUAAGACGAAUAUUGAUCGAGAAUUUGGCUUGCGUAGAAGACUCCAAUUGUGACUGUUUUCUUAAAGUCUUAUUCAUAUAAUUUUUUUUUUGCCACAAAACGAGAGCAUCGAACAUGCAAAAUUAUCUGAAGAACGUAGAAUCGACCAAUUUUGCGUUACCGUGACACAUAUGGGAAAGAAUAUAUUGAAAGUAAUAACAGCAUGACGCUGUAGAAGCAAGCUAAUCAUAGCAAUUAAAAUAUUUAUUUUGCAUCAUUCCAAUUAAAAUCUACUUAAAUAUUGUUUGGCCCUGCUUCGAUACAUUACUUUCUCCUUUAGUUUUAUUUAAAACAACAAAUAUCUCAAACCGAAGCAAUAAAUUAUUAAAUUAGCUUCAAAGGGCGUAUAACAAAUGAAUAUAUCAUUUUUCAUAGGAGCAGGCGAGCACGCAAAUACACACUGUAAAUGGAAAUCGGUCGUAUUUUUUAUGUGACAUAACAGAUUAAAGACUGAGCAAGAACGAAUUAACCAGCAGUAAACAUAUGAAACUUAAACAUUUAGAUGCACUCAUCAUAGGAUGCACGAUAUAAUUCUUUAAAUUAGAAUGGAUGGAAGCUUUUAUUCGGUUUGAAUACAAUAGCCCCAAAAAAUCUUAAACUCAUUGUCUGUUUGAACUGAACAGUCGGUUUCGAGAGGUUGCUGCUGGAUGAAGACGCUUGACCGCAACCGGCAGAGGGAGCCGUAGCAGGCCGGAGCCACCCGGAGAUUGUAGAGACCGAUAAGUAAUUUAAACUGUUUGUUGAAAACUAUUUGCAUUUUAUGUAUGAAAUAGCAAUCUACUCGAUAGCAUUGCUUACUUUCAAUUCUAAUUAAAUUAUGUGUCUAAAGAAGAUGGUAUACGAGUAUAAUUACCUAGCACACAAUCUAUCAGUAUUAAGUUAACAAGGUAAAACAUAUUACUUCAAGACAUUUCGCGUAUCCCAUCAAUUGGCUUUUUGGCAGGUUGAAUACUAAAACAUCGUAUUUGAUUAGGAAGGCUUGAAAUUAGCUUCUCUGUGGAAUGGAAAUUGCUGUGGGUUUGAGGAUUUUUGUAUGGAUUUGUUAAUGUAGCCAAAACUAUCGGGAAUUUAUUUCUAAAUCAAAAGUCUAUUCUCAAUUCUUUUCAUAUCCCCCUCUAAGUAGUCCUCUCGUACACUUCUACUUCUACUUCGCAGUACACUUCUAACGUUUUUCCCAUUUUUUAAAACAUGCCGCAAAUACUUCCGGUAGAACCUUCAAAGCGUGCUUCGUUCUAUUUCUUCUAUAGAUCCGGAGCUGCCUCUUGAGUUAAACGAAUAGCCAGAAUUCACAAGGUGAUCACUCAGGCGAACACGGUGGUUGUGGAAGGAUAUAAGUCGAGUUUGUGCGAUGAUGAAAUGAUCACGCAAAUUUGAUUCAACAACAUGCUCGUAAGGCAAGAACCAAGAAUUUUCCCUCCACAAAUCAGGUCUUGUUUGAUUCACAGCAUUACGAAAACGAUGCAUAACACUUAAAUAGUAUUCUUUGUUGAUAGUUUGGCAAUUUUGAAGGAAUUCAUAAUGCACCACAUCACGAUAGUCAAAGAAACCCCGUUUCCCGUUUUUGGUCACAGUAGUAUAUGUUGGAAGUAACCGAAUUUAUCAAUAUCGAUAUUAAUUUUUUUAUAUAUUUUUCUAUGGCACCCCAUUAAUAAAGGUUGUUGAUAUGUUCAUUAUGUUACAUUAGGUAGCUAAUAAAAAACAAAUGGUCACAACAGAACUUAAACCGAGAAAAACAACAUUCCAUGUUCAAAUUUAUAAUUAGAAAUUUUUUCUAUGCAUCUAUUUAUGUGCUUCUUAACUCCAAUAAUUAAUUCACUUUUUAACCACCAAUAAAAGUUGUAACAGGGAACUAUAACAAAGUAAUAGAAGAAAGGAUGAUAUUUCGCUACACUAUUAUUGUGAGAGCACUGAGUAUAAUAUACAAUAUACCCAAUAUUCCACCUUGUCAGUAUACAACGCUCCAGUAGCACAUGCAAAAUAAAGAGAGUCGAAGAAAGAAAAGGCUGUUCUAUUCUGUUCUGUAAUUGUUCAAAAACAAAGUUAUGCUGAUAUCAGACAACGGUUCAAAGAAUGCGGCAUCGGCAAAAUGCAUAUGAAUGACACAAAGUCAAACAUUUUAAAUUUCAAUGUUCCAGUCAUAAAAGGAACAGCCAAAACAAUUGCAAAUUUUAUUCCUGUGCUUCGUUACACCAUCAUCAACAAUAAUAGAAGUACUGUACUGUAAUAAAGUUUUGCUAGCAGGUAAAUUGAUUCACAAAUGGCGCAGAUUGGGCAUAACAAGUGAUUGUUUGAAUUAUCGAACAAAUAUGCAAUCCCAAGCGAUAAAGAAACGGUAGAACAAGCUAGGAGAAAGCCUAAAAUGUCCAUAUGGAAAAAUAAAAACAAGAAAAAUAAAAAGGAGAUAAAAAUCAAUCGGUAAUAUUUUAAAGUUUCCAAUCAAACGAAACCAACCGUUAUUUUUAAUGUAUAGUGUAAUGUAUGUUUUAAGGAUCCAUUAUAGAAAAUAUUGAGAAUAAUUCGGUAGUCGUCCUUUUUUUGUUUUCAAAUUAGCAAACCCGGAAUCUUCGUUCCAGCCAAAGUAGAUUUUUGGAAACUUUAUUUUAUCGAACAUUAAAGAAAGGCAAAACCUGCUAGUAUGUUGGUUUGGCAAGCAUAAUCGGAACCGAAAUGUGCCUGUUAACAAAUGGGCGGAAUGAAAUUUAGUUUUAAUAUAUAAGAAAAUUAACCUUCUUUGAUGGAGGCGCCUAACAUCUCACAGAAUAUGGCGGAAUCAUUUUUAAUACAAACAAAUGAUAUACACAAUUCUGUUGAUAAAGUUCGAUUUACAUUGCGAAAAAACAUUAUUACCCUAUAUUCAUACACAUUAAUUUAGUAAGCACGAGUUAUCAUAUUUUUACUACUCAACAUCAAACCGAAGAAAAAAUAAUAUAGUUCUUUUCACCGUAAAGUAGGAAUAUCAUAUUUUGUAGCAUCUCUGGAAUAUCAAAUGUUUCCUUUUUCCUCAAACCAUCCUUCACAUGAUCGUGAUCAUGGUUUGACUGUAUAUUGAAACAUGCUGCACUUAGACUUUGAAUUUGCAACAACAUAUAGCGAAAUGUACCGAAGCCAAAUGUACUAUAUGAAGCACUGUAGCUUUUAGUUUAGUAGCUACCACAACG